UGUUUCAAACACCUGUCAAUAAUCUGGAAAAAAAUAAGAAAGACUAGGAAAAGGGUGAAGCAGUUGCUGCUGCAGAUUGGUUUAGACACAUGCAGAGAAGCAUAUGAGGAAAUCAACACUUAUAAUCCAGGCGACACAAAUUUUUCCAGUACAUCAUGGGAGGAUGUCUCGCUUUGGGAAGCUAUUGGACGCAGAAAUGGUUACAGAUCAAAGCAGUUUUGUUGCAGCCUCUGCAACUUUUCAACAAGACUGCUGUCGUCUUUCAAAAGUCAUCUGCAGCGCUAUCAUGAAGAUGAGAAAGAUCAGGAGAUGAUGUCAAGUUGUCCAAGGUGUCCAUUCACUUCCCAUACAAAGAAUGUGGUCAAACACAUGCGGAUUUUUCACUCAAGUGUGCGAAAAGUGCAAACACCUACUACAAAAGAUAGUCAGAAUCCUGUUUGGACAAAAGAAUUACCAAAAGCAGUUCAAAUGAAAUUUUCUUGUUCAAGGUGUUCUUUUACGGACAGCCUAUAUUACACUAUAAAGAGGCAUGUUCUAACUAGCCACCACAAAAGUGAACUUGAAAAUUAUUUUGGGGAAAAGUCCGAAGAGGAACUUAAAGGGACUCUUGGAUCAAAAGUUAAUCUUGAUAAUAGAUUUUACUGCAAAAAAUGCAAUUACACAAUUCAUAACCAUGAUGCAUUAAUGUACCAUAUUCUAACAUCUGACAAGCAUAGAGAUUUGGAACAGAAGCUGAGAGCUGAGAUCUCUGAUGCUGGUCGAUCAAGUAUAAGAAGGCCAUACAAGAAAGUACUUGGUCCACCCAUAGCGCUUUCACCUAAACCAACACCAUUGCCAAUCUCCCCAGCUGUGGCUCUUCCAUCUGCUCAAGAUGCAAAGGUGGCUUCACUUCCUCAAAACGGUCCCAAUCAACCACUUUUGGGAGCAUCUACUGCUAUUAUUUCAAAUCUAGUACCAUCUAUAACAUCGGUUCCUGAUCCUGCUGGAGGUAUAGUGAAGACCACAACUACUAAUGUUGCCCCUACUGCUCAAGUUGGAUUUGUAACUACUUCCCUUCCUCAAAACCAGAGCAUUACCCUACAAGCUUCCCUUCCCCAGUCUGUGUUUUUGUCUCCAAGGUUUACUCUAAAUCAGCCUGUCACUGCAACAGUGCUUCCUUCUGCUUGCAGUGUUGGUGGACAGAUAAUUCCUGGAGCUCAGACCACUGUGCGACCUACAGUUUUACCAGUCAACCAGCCAUUACCCAGGGGCUUGCUUCCUGUGAACCAGUCAGCAAUGCUUCCCUUGCAAUCCAAUGUAAUACAGAUGAAUCAAAAUGUAAGGCCUACAAUCAUCUCUGUGAAUCAACCACUGAAGUCAACUAAUGUUGCAGGCAAUCACCCUGGGGUUCCCCAAAAUACUUUCCUUGCGGCACCUAUAAUAAGGCAGCUUAUUCCAACUGGAAAACAAGUAAAUGGAAUACCUACAUAUACUCUUGUAACAUUGCCGGUUGCUCCAUGUGCUAUUCCAGCUGUUAAUCCACCAAAAGUGCCUGCACAGCUGUCUCAGCCAGAGAAAGUGGUUCAUGUAUCCACUUCUCCAGCCAGUGCACCAUCACCACCUGUUGUACAGGCACCUCAAAGCACAUCAGAAAAAAAUCCAACUCCAAAACGUACUCCUGCCAAUAGCCCAGGUGUUGCUCCAGGUGCUAAGGACAAGACCAGACAGUGGAAGACAUGUCCAGUAUGCAAUGAACUAUUCCCCUCAAACGUAUAUGAAGUUCACAUGCAGAUUGCUCAUAUAAAACAGGAGAAUGGCCCUGAUAAGCCAACAGAGUCUGCCGCCAACAAUGAGACAAAGCAACCUAUAGUUGCAGCAGCACAUGCAUCUUUUUUGAAAGUUGUGAAGGAAAAGUCUGUUCGAUGUGUCACUUGCAAGGUAUUUGCUCAAGACAAAGAGGUGUUACAGCACCUUUUAAUGCACGGUAUGGUGGUGUCUGUACUGCAAAGCUGUUUUUUACGAACUCAGAAACUUUAUCUACCACAUGAAAAUCCUGCAUGUAGACAAAAAGAAAAUCCAUGCAGACUUUGUCAGAAAAGGUAUUACAGUAUCGUGUGAUACCAAUGGUACAGCACUGUUUUCUCAUUUUGACUUUACCUUUCAUGUUUCCAAGGAAGAGCUUGGAGAAAAAGAAAUGCACAUUGCUGUAGUUGCUGGAGCCAAUUCUAACACUUCUACUCCCUUAUAUAUCAAAAUACAAACAUCUGCUGAGAGAAGCACGCAUGAUGAGCAGAACUCUAAAUGUUCUUUUUGUGAAUACGCUUUAUCCAAGUCAGAAGCACUGGAAACGCAUUUGAAAGAUAAGCACCACAUAAUGCCCACAAUGCAUACUAUACUUAAAUCCCCUGCAUUUAAGUGUAUACACUGCUGCGGUGUCUACACUGGUAGUAUGACUUUGUCAGCCAUUGCGUUGCAUCUUCAGCGCUGUCGUAAUGCUCCUAAAGAUAGUAUUGCUGCACUAGAGUUGUCUGCAGACAGCAAUGCUAAAGGGCAGUCAAAGGGAGGAUCAAAUGAUUGUUCAAAAGGAAAGCAAAAUUAUACUGCAGAAACUCAGGUUGCAUCAAAUGAUACAAAGAGCCAGAAAAAUGGUCUAGGUGCUUCAAAAGACUCCUCUCCUGUGCCUUCUAAAAGAAGAAAAAUUGACUCCAAAUCAGAAUUUUCAGAUCAUUCUGCUGAUCAAAAUGUUAGCAUGCUUGUGAUGGUACCAGAUGCUUUUGCAACUGUAUCUCACGAGGCUAAAAAAGAAUUCCUGCUAAAGUAUUUCCAUGUGAAACCUUACCCCAGCAGAAAGGAAAUUGAAUUGCUGGCACAUGUACUAGAUAUGUGGAAGAGUGACGUUGCUUCAUUUUUUGGUACAAGGCGAUAUAUGUGCACGAAAUUUCUCAAAAAUCACAAACAGCAAGUAUUACUGGGAUUUAAAAUGGAUGAUCUUAAGCAAGUGAAGCAUGACAUAGACCUGUCUGAAGAUUAUUAG